CUUUCUCUCUGUUGAAUACCUUAAACGUUCAUAAAAAUAUUCAUAUAGGAGAGAAACCGUACCAUUGUGACAUAUGUGGUGAAUCAUUUUCUAGAAAGAACACCUUAACUGCUCAUAAACGCAUUCAUACAGGUGAGACACCAUAUCAUUGUGAUACCUGUGGGAAAUCAUUUCCUCACAGAAAUACCUUAACUGAACACAAACGUAUUCAUACUGGAGAGAAGCCAUACCACUGUAAUAUCUGUGGUAAAUCAUUCUCUCAAAAAUCUAUUUUGGCUAUCCACAUGCAUAUCCAUACAGGUGAGAAGCCAUAUCACUGUGAUGUCUGUGGUAAAUCUUUCUCUCAAAACCCCCAUUUAAGUGCACACAAGCGCAUCCAUACAGGAGAGAAACCAUAUCAUUGUGAUAUCUGUGGUAAAUCAUUUACUCACAAAAAUACCUUAUCUAACCACAAACCUACUCAUACAGGUGAGAGGAAAUACCAUUGUGAUAUAUGUGGUAAAUCAUUCUCUCGUAAUGAUCUCUUAAGUGUACAUAAACGUAUUCAUACAGGAGAGAGACCAUAUCACUGUGAUAUCUGUGGUAAAUCAUUCAGUCGUAGUCACCACUUAACUGCUCACAAACAUAUUCAUACUGGAGAGCAGCCAUAUCACUGUGAUAUCUGUGGUAAAUCAUUCUCUCACAGAAGUACCAUGGCUGUACACAAACAUGUUCAUUCAGGAUUGAAACUAUAUCACUGUGAUAUCUGUGGUAAACCAUUCUCUCAAAGUAGUAAAGUUACUCUUCACAAACGCAUUCAUACAGGAGAGAAGCCAUACCACUGUGAUAUGUGCAGUAAAUCGUUUUCUUAUAAAACAAAUUUAACCAAUCAUAAACGUACUCAUACAGGUGAGAAGCCCUUUCACUGUGAUAAUUGUGGUAAAUCUUUCUCUUACAAAACUAAUUUAACUAUCCACAGACGCACUCAUACAGGAGAGAAACUAUAUCACUGUGACACCUGUGGUAAAUCAUUCUCUCACAAAAAUACUCUAACUCUGCACAAACAGACUCAUACGGGAGAGAAACUAUAUCGCUGUGAUGUCUGUGGUAAAUCAUUCUCCCAGAGUGGUAAAGUAACUCUUCACAAACGCAUUCAUACAGGAGAGAAACCAUAUCACUGUGAUAUAUGUGGUAAAUCAUUUUCUUACAGAACUAAUUUAGCUACCCAUAAACGUAUUCAUACAGGUGAGAAACCAUAUCAGUGUGACAACUGUGAUAAAUCUUUCUCUUGCAAAAGUAAUUUAACUCUUCACAAACGUACUCAUACAGGUGAGAAACCACACCACUGUGAUAUCUGUGGUAAAUCAUUUGCUCACAGAAGUUCUAUAACAGUACACAAACGUACCCAUACAGGAGAGAAACCGUAUCACUGUGAUAUCUGUAGUAAAUCAUUCUCUCGAAACGGUGACUUAGCUACUCACAAACUUGUUCAUACAGGUGAGAAACCAUAUCAGUGUGACAUCUGUUAUAAAUCAUUCUCCGUGAGAGUUAACUUAGCUAAACACAAACGUAUUCAUACAGGAGAGAAACCAUAUUGCUGUGAUACUUGUGGAAAAUCAUUUUCCCAAAAGGAGCAUUUAACUAAACACAAACUUACUCAUACAGGAGAGAAGCCACAUCAUUGUGAUAUCUGUGGUAAAUCAUUCACUCACAGAAGUGCUGUAACUGUACAUAAACGUACUCAUACAGGAGAGAAACCAUAUCACUGUGAUAUCUGUAGUAAAUCAUUCUCUCGAAGUGGUGACUUAUCCACUCACAAAUUUAUCCAUACAGGUGAGAAACCUCACCACUGUGAUAUCUGUGGUAAAUCAUUCUCUGUAAAAGUUAACUUAACUAAACACAAACGUAUUCAUACAGGUGAAAAGCCAUAUCACUGUGAUAUCUGCAAUAAAUCAUUCACUCAAAAGGGACAUUUAAGUAGACACAAAUGUAUUCAUUCAGGAGUGAAACCACAUCAUUGUGACACCUGUGGUGAAUCAUUCUCUGAAAUAGAUCACUUGACUACUCACAGACUCAUUCAUUAGGAGAGAAACCAUGUCAUUGGGAUAAGUUGCUAAUCCUAUAUGUUUUUAUAUAUACUCACCAAUAUCUACCAUUCUGAUAUUUUUAAUAAAAUCUGUUCUUUCAUGAUAUUCAUAUAUAUUCCAUUAAAGAUAUUUUCUGAAUGAA